AUGCAAAAGAGAAUAUUUAGAAGUUAUAUUAAAAGAAUAUUCAAGAAAAUAUCAAAGUACAUUAAAAAUUAUGUAAAAGAUAUAAUUGAAGAAAUAAAUGUAAAAUCAUUUAAAAAAUAUAAGUAUAAUUUUUUUUUUGAAUUUAUUGGUUCUUUUAUUUUUGUAUUUUUCAUUUCUAUUUAUAUGCUAAAUUCUAAUCAUAAUGAAGAAUAUGUAAUUAAGAAUACGAAGCAAAUAAAUCCAUACAAAACUAACGAUAUUUUUAUACCGGGUGAUAAUAUUUUUGAUAAUGAAAUUAAUAAUGUGAGAUAUAUAAAAGAUCUAAAUAAAAAGAUAAAUGUGGAAAAUAUAUUACUAGAAAAAAAGAUACAAAAUAGUGUUGAUACAAACAAUGAAAGGAAAUUAAAUAAUCAAAAAGAAAAAUUAGAAAAUAUUGAUAAAACGUUGGAAAAUGAAAAAAAAGAAAUAAAAGAAAAAAUUGUGAAAGAAGAUAAAACAAAUGAACCAUAUUUAAGUGAAGAAAGAAAUAAUGAUACAAAAGAAAAUAUAAAAAAUAAAGAUGUAGAAUCUAUAAAUGAAGAUUAUAACAACUCUGAAGAAUUAAAAGAGAAAAUGAAAAAAAAUAUAUUGGAAAAUGAGAUAACUAAUAAUACAAAUAUAAAAAUACCAGUCUUACAAGAAAAUAAAUUCAUUAAUAAAAAAAUAAAUAUAGAAAAUCCAACAAAUAAUUUAAAAGAAAAAGUAAGUAAUAAAGAACCAGUUAUAAAAAAUGUUGAAAACGUGGUAUUUAAAAAUGAUAUAAAUGAAUUUAGCAAAAUAAAAAUAGCUGAUAUUAAUAAUAUAAAUAUAGGAGAUAUUGACAAAUAUGAAGUAUUAAAAAAUUCAAAAAGUAAAAAUAAUAAUAAUCAUGCAAUAUAUUCUUUCUUUGGUUGUUUAAUAUAUGUUUUAUUUGUAAUAUCAGGAGCUCAUAUAAAUCCUGCAUAUACAUAUGCUUUAUGGUUAGUUGAACCAAAAAAAUAUGGAUUUGCAUUGUCAACUCUUUAUGUUACUUUUCAAUAUAUAGGGGGAAUAGUAGCAAGUAUUUUAUGUGCACAUAUAUAUGGAAGUAUAUUUAUUUAUUCUUUAUUACCAAAAAAAAAAAUUAUGAAAACAUUUUUAUGUGAAUUUCUUUCUACCUUUUUAUUAACAUUACUAUUAAUAAGCUUAUAUAAAUAUAAAAAAAAGUUUAUAGAAGAUAAUAAUAAUAAUAAUAAUAAUCAAUCUACACAUUUUAUUAAUAAGAAAAUAAAAAAAAUGGCAUCAUCGUAUUCUUUUAAUACCUAUGAAGAUAUAUAUGGUUAUGAUAUGUUUAAUACAAAUGGAGGAAAAAAUAAGUUAUUUAUUCACAUUAAUAAUAAAUAUAUCAAAUACAUUAUGAAUCAUAUUUUUUAUUUAUUAUUUAUUUUUUUUUCUUUAUUAUUUUUUGUUUUUGUAACAAAUACUACAUUAAAUCCAUUGUUUUCCACAUCCACAUUAUACACAUAUAUAUAUUUUAAAAUUUUUAAAUCAACUAGCCAUUUUAAUUUAUAUUCUAUAUUUGCAUCAUUUUUAAGUAUAACCAAAAUAUUACACAUGAUUAAAUUCUAUAUCCAAUCAUUACCACUAUGGAUAGGCCCAUAUGUUGGAUCUACAUUUGCAACUUGUUUUAUUGGCUUGUUUAAAAAUGACGAUGAAGAAAUUAUUAAUGUAAUUGAUACAAAUAUAUAUAAGUAUAAUAAAAAGAAAGAAAAAAUACCAUUAAUAAAUAAAUAUAAUUUUAAGCAAAAUGCAUAUCUUAUAGAAUAUAACGAUAAUAUUGAUUAUAAUUCACAUAAUUAUUUAACUCCUAAUGUUUUUUGA